UCACGUGCAGCAUAGCUUCCAUGACGUCGGUCCAGUUCCCAUUUCAUUAGUUCUGUAGCUUCACACCCUUCUCUUGAUACAUUCAUCCCAUUCACCCAAUUCACCCAUCUUUAAAAUGACCAGUGCUUCUUCCCCAGAUGAGGUCCCACCCCGGACCUCCACCCCAGCCACCGCUGCCGCCGACUCCGAACCAGAACCAGAACCCCAGCCAGAACAAGAUGCUGUCCAACCCGCAACCACCUCCGCGACUGCAACCGCCCCAGCAUACUCUCCCAUCUACGCCACCGCAGAACCCAGCGACCUCCCACCUCAAACAACCGGCUCCCUGGACACCCAAGUGCCAUUGACACCCGCAGCGACCACUACCACCAUCACAACCACCGAAGACCCUCCAGCUACAUCUACAUCCCCACCACCACCCCAGCCCGGCGCCCAUCCCAUCCCUCCCCCAACUUCCACUGACCACCCAGCUCCAACAUCCACCACCACCACAACCUCGAACCCUUCUUCACCACAUCCUCCUCCUGCCCCCAAACCAGCCGACCCUCCAACCAUCACCCCAGCACCAGCACCAGCGCCCACAGCAUCUUACACCCCUACACCCACCUCCACGUCCAACCCCAACCCCAGCUACAGCUACAGCUACAGCUACCAGCCCCCCAAUCCAGCAACCCAACCCAUCCCCAACUCCACCACAACCCCCUACGGUUCCCUCUACCAGCCGCCCACGACAACUACUACGACGGCCACCACAACGGUGACUUCUGCGGGGGCGCAGCUGCCGCUGCAUUAUGAGCCGGAUGCGUCGUCGUCGGGCAGGGUGGAUCUGGGUGAAGAGGAGGAUGGGAUGUGGGGGUGGAUGAAGUGGGCGGGACGGAAGUUGGGGGAGGUGGAGGCGGAGGUGUGGAAGAAAAUCAAUGAGGUUCAUGAUAAAUGAUUGUUUUAUAUAUGAUUGUGUGGGGGUUGGUGAAGGGUGUUUUGGUGGUGGUUGUGGGUUUAAGGUAGGAAGGGAGUUGGGAAGGGUUUGUUUGGGGUGUGUAUGAUAUAUCUAUGUUUGUUGGAUGGGUGGUUGAUGGGUUGGGCGUUGGUUUAGGUAUGUUUGGUUUACUACUUGGUUGGGAUGGGGAUGGGUAUGGGUAUAGGUAUAGGUCGGGUUCUGGGCUGGAAGAGGGAUAAAAAGGUAUGGGUGCAUCUGGGCUUGUAGAGUAUCGGAAUAACUUUGUCUUGAAUGGGCUGUUAGUGUUUUAAUCAUGGGUAGACAUCAACUUGGUGAAAGUAUUGUUUAUUUCGGGCUUGCAUAUCAUACUACCUUCAGUUAGCAUAUAGUAUUACUUGGGC